AGUCUGCUCAUCGUGACAUGUCUCGUCGAGUUGAGCGCGGGGAAUCCGAUGCACCCCGUGCAUCGGAGAGAAGAUCUGGCCCUUACAAUGAGGAAGGCCGCAGAUCAGACUAUCGGAGACCUCUAAUGCCACCUCCAGGUAGUGGUCCUAGAGGAGGCCCCAGAGGAGCAGGGCCACCACCUCAGCGUAGGAGGGGAAUUGCCAUUGACAGAGCCCAGACCUGCCCCUUCCUCCUUCGAGUCUUCUAUCGCAUGGGAUCUCAUCACGAUGACGGUGACUUCGCCAAACUCGGGGAGUUGCCAGUAGACGAGGAGCUGCAGGUCUACACUUGGCCCGAUGCCUCCCUAAGGGAGAUCUCCGAUCUGAUUGAAGACAUAUUGCCUGAGUCUCGUGGGCGUACCAAGAAGCUCAGCUUCAAACUCAUCUAUCCGGACAGGAGUGGCCGCUUCGUGAUGGCCAGGAUAGGGGAGGUUUUUAACAGUCACGAAACUUUCCCGGAUGGGCGUACAUUAGCCGAAGUAAAGUUCCAGCCGAGAGAUUUCCUCGAUGUGGCGAUCCUCGAUAACGAGAAGCUCACAGCACCUCUACCAGAACGGCCCUCGAGGGCUCCUCGGAACCGGGCCCAGAACGGAGAAAUGGCUGAGAAUAAAGACGAGGGCAAGAAGAGAGAUGAGUGAAACUAAGAGAAUGGGCAUUAGUUUUAAACGCUACACGUGAGGGGUCUCAGAAAGU